CUGGCUUCGCGGCGGAUCCGCCGACGGGCGGGGGACCGACCGCCUAGCAGCUCGGGCCGCCGCGCGCAGAUACCGAGCCCGGCUCCGAGGGCUCCAGCACGGCCCCGGAGAACACGAGGAGCCGGCUAGCGCGUGGCCUGCCGUUGGCAGCUUGGUCCGCCACGCUCGGCGCCCUCCCGCCCCGGAGGUGGGGUCCAAGCCCCAGGGAAAAUGGUGUCCUGGAUGAUCUCCAGAGCCGUGGUGUUGGUGUUUGGAAUGCUGUAUCCUGCAUAUUAUUCAUACAAAGCUGUGAAAACAAAAAACGUAAAGGAAUAUGUUCGAUGGAUGAUGUACUGGAUUGUUUUUGCACUCUAUACUGUGAUUGAAACAGUAGCAGAUCAGACAGUCGCUUGGUUCCCCCUGUACUAUGAACUUAAGAUUGCUUUUGUCAUAUGGCUGCUCUCUCCCUAUACCAAAGGAGCAAGUUUAAUAUAUAGAAAAUUCCUUCAUCCACUUCUUUCUUCAAAGGAAAGGGAGAUUGAUGAUUAUAUUGUACAAGCAAAGGAACGAGGCUAUGAGACGAUGGUAAACUUUGGGCGGCAAGGUUUAAACUUAGCAGCUACUGCUGCCGUCACUGCAGCAGUGAAGAGCCAAGGGGCGAUAACCGAGCGGUUACGAAGUUUCAGUAUGCACGAUCUAACAGCUAUCCAAGGGGAUGAGCACAUGGGACAAAGGCCAUACCAACCUCUACCAGAAACAAAAAAGAAAAGUAAACCAGCCUCCAGUGAAUCAGCAGUUUUAACAACUUGCUUAGGUUAUGGAAUUCCACUGAAAGACAGAGAUGAGAAAACAGAUGAGGAAGCAGAAGGACCAUAUUCAGAUGAUGAGAUGUUAACACACAAAGGGCUUCGAAGAUCGCAAAGCAUGAAAUCUGUGAAAACCGUGAAAGGCCGAAAAGAGGUGCGGUAUGGGUCCCUAAAAUAUAAAGUGAAGAAGAGACCACAGGUGUAUUUUUAGUCAUGUACACUUCAAGUAUCCCAAGACAAAUUAUGCUAAUGCACCAACUGUUUUUUCUAACGUUAGGAUUUACACAUUAAAAUAAUUCUGUAAAUUGUGGCAGUGAUAGGGUUUACUUUCAUCAACUUAAAUACUUUUUAUUUCUUUAACAAUUACUUUCAUUUCUUGACUGUUAAAGGUAGUUAUGCAAAGCAUAUAUGUGUGUAUAUAUAUCAAAAAUGAUAGAAAAUUGUGUUACAUGUUUUCAAAUUUAUCAGCAAUAUCAAGGGCCUGAGAUACAGGAUGAAGCACAAACCUACAAUAUACUUGAGAGGAGUGUUUUUGUGGUUCAGGAUAUAUCAACUUUUGUGAUAUUGUAUUGUUUACCUCCAUUUAUGUUAUAACUAUCACAUGAGAGUAGUAAUUAAAUAGGUCUCUGAUCUAACAGUAAUAAGACAAGGGCAUAAUGAGAUAAAGUAUGUUUCACAUAGUCUUUAAAUUUUUACUUUUUUAAUAUUUUAUAGUGUUUCCACCAUCAACGGAAAGUUUUCAAAACAAAUAUUUGAAAACCAGGUAUUCACAAAGCACUUUCAUUCCUGACUAGUUUUGCACACUUGAAAAUUGUUUACUUAUUUUACAGCUGUACAUUUUAAGUUUCAUCGGCACUGUCUUUAUUAUUUGUCAUAUUCUGACAUGUUAAAUUUAUGCCUUGAAUUACAUCAUCUCUUUUCCUGUGGGUUUCAUUUGUUAAAUUUGCUUGAUUUUAACAAUAUAAAAAUAUAGCUAAUUUUUCAAGUGUAGCUAUUUUUAAUUAUCUUCUUUACAGAUAAGAAAGUAUUUUAAACAUUAACCAGUUUUCAAUAUUUAGCCAUACAUUGUGGUUGAACUUAGCAUGCUUUUAACACUAAUUACAUUUUUGGCUUUUAAAAGUGGUAGCUUUUGUGAAAUAAAGUUAGAGACCAGUAUAGCACAUAGGUCUCUUCUAAUUUAUGAAAAUAUCCAACAGCUAGUCCAUUCACAAGCUUGGCACUUGUAUGUGUUGUUGAUUUAUAAAUCUGGCAUUAACUAGAAUCAUUUGAAUCGCUUCUCUUCUGGGUAAAAUUAUAUCCUGAAGAUAGUUGCCAAUGCAAAAUACAGAUGUUGUUAAUCUUAGAUUUUAGAAGCUAUUAGAAUGGAUAUUAGAAAAAUAUCCUUUUCUAACCCCAGAUACUUUGAGUUACUGGACUUAGAGGCAUUUUUAGAUUGCAUUGAUAGCUAUAUAUUAUAAACUCUUAAGUCACUAUGUUUUUGGUGAUGGUUUUAGUGAUCGGUAAUGAAAUUUGUAAAAUUAUACUUGUUCAGAUAAUUUACUUGAUGAUGCUACUAGUUUGUCCAAAAGAAAAAACAAUGAGAAAUUUAUGAGAUCUUUGACUUUUCUACCUUUAAAGAAAUAAAGCUAGCUGGCAGUGUAUCUUCAGGACCUCCUGAAAGUAUUAGCAGAGAACAGAAUGUUUACUCCAAAGUACCUUAAUAUAAUUCAGACAUUUCUCUGAUACAAGUCUUAAAAUAUUUUCUAGAUUAUCUCACAUUCUUGAUAUAUAACACCAAGUAAAAAUUCAUUCAACUUCUUUGCUAUCAAAGUUUAUUUCUAUGAGUAUCUCCAUCUACUUUACCUUGACUAAUUUUUAGCCUCUUAGUUUCUGGAAAGCCCUUUAAUUUGUGUUCAAAAUUUCUAUGAGGGCUGAUUAUAAACUCUUGGAAGAGAGUUUUAUUUAUAUUGUAUAGUUUUAGACUUAUAAAUAUAAAUGCCAUGCCAUGCUUGCCAUGCGUGUCUUUCCUGCACAAAGGCAGUGUCAUCUCAGAUUGCCUGACAAUGUCAUGUACCUGACUUUGUAUCAAAAAACAUUACCUAUGGAGGCUGAUUUUUACCAUUUUAUCUUUUCCAAAUCUGAUCUCAUAAAUACUUUUCUAAAUUCGAGGAAUUAUGUAUCCCUCUACACUUUUGGAAUCAAAACAUUUAAAGACAAAACCAGUUUCAAAGAGGUAGUACAAGUUCUUCUGUUUAAUUGUAUCUCUUCACACUUACUAUGCUUCCUCUGAUAUAUUUCUACUAUUACAUCCUUUAUACAGUGAUGUCAUUUUGUUUUUCUAUAAUUCCUUUUCUCCCAUUUUCUUAAAUUUCUUAAAUUUUGCUUCUUUUCUCUAAUGUGUGUUUUAGCAUGCCCUUUCCUUUGAAUUUUGUAUAAGUUUAUACAUUUUUGUUUCUUUUAAGGUGGAACAUGUUAUUUUUUGUUUCUGUUUUUAAGUCCACUGCUUUUGAAAGAGAUAAAUUUAUCCUUAGACCGCAGUGCCUUGCUUUCCUGCCACCAUCACUUGGUGAAUGGGCAUCAGAUGCUGCACAAGCCUAUCUAAGGUACUAUUUUGGUAGCUGUUAAAGUUUAUCCAGAAAUUGUAUUCGUUGUUUUAUUAUAUAUGCAUUCAAUUUGUUUGUUACUAUUAACUAUUUCCAGAAUUCGUUUGGAAGUAAGAAUUAAUCUAUUCUUUAGUUCACCAAAUUUUUUUCUGGUAUAAAAAUGAGCCAGAAAUAAGCUUGAUUGCUAAGUAAUUAAUUAUGUAAACCCACUUAGGUCCUACCUAAGAUAUUCUCCACACACUUUACUAUAUGUGCAUUUGGUAGAAAAUGAUACUGCCAGCAUUACUAAUUAUUAAUACUUGACUACCCAGAUUGAUGGAACAAAAUUAUUAGUGUUUUCAGGGAACUUAAUCCAUAUGUCACCACCAAAGAUUUCUACAGUGUUAUAAAUUAUGUAAAUAUUCCAAAUUUCUGUUAAGACAUUGGUUAGACAAAUGUGGUUUUUUUUCCUUUUUUGAAAAUAACAGUUUAUGCUUCCGGAACGCUUGAACUUUUGUUAAAAAGAAUACAAUGCUAUCUUAAAUAUUAGUAAUUUGUAUUUUUAAUUGAAAUAGACUAAAUUUUUAUUCUGAUUUUCUUUAUCAGGAAAAUCAAGGAGUUAAUAGGUAUUGAAAAGCAAUUUUCUGUUUUCUCCUGUGUAGGCUAAUUGAUUUGAAAAGCUAAUGGGAAAAUUUUGAGAGAUCAUUGUUAGUGCAGUAUGCAGUGUAUAUUUCUUAGUAAACAUCAUUUACAAGUAAAACUUUCUGAAAGGAAAUGUUUUUAAGAUUUAAUCUUCUAUAAUAUUUCACAGAGUUAAUGUGUAUUAUUUAAACAUUGACCACGAAUUAACAUUUUUUCUUUCAAUACCUUUUCUUUUAACACUUUAGUAGUUAAGAGAAAGCAGUUUUGCAAUUUUAUAAGCUCUUUGUAAAGGCUAUCUUUAGGCCUAGUAUGGAAGUAAUUUUACAAACGUGUUUUUUGAAAACUUUAAUAUAAAAUAAACUUGUUUUAUUAGUGACAA